CGUUAUUUGCACAGUAUGUAGCCAUUUGCAGGUUGUUUCUCUGCAUUCCUGUUUAAAUGCAUUUUACAGGAGCAAUGCAAAGCCGCAGAGUUUAAAUAAAAGUGGUGUGGGAGUACGUGAAAUACAGUGCGCUAUGUGUGUCCAUUGUGUUUCUUGACCCUUCCUCAACUUCUGCGUAAACAAGUUGGAAUUGUAGGGCGUGUGUCUUGGAAAGCGGUGUUUAGCCAAUGAGCGUCGACAUCUCUACCACAUGGUCAGGUUGUUUACUACAAGAGCAGAAGCCCGCUAGAAGGCGCUGAGUGGAAAACCCGGCACUGGAUUACGCUGGAACGGCUCAUCUCUGUGAAGACGGAAGCAAUGCGGAUUCAAACUAAAUCAAACAGAAGCUCGACUCAUCCAUGGCGUGUAAAGUGAACACUGUAGAUUAGAGUAGACCGCUUUAAUAGUGGUGUUCUUACGUGUGCUUAGUGGUGUGCUUCAUCAAACAUGUACAGUUACGCGUAACCGGAAAAGUCCAGGCCGGGAUUUUGAAUGCCUAAACGCAAGCCGAUCUGGGCUCUGAAAAAGGACAUUUUCAAGUUACAGCCGGUCAGAGCGAGCCUUGUGGAAAGGGGGUGUGUAGAAAUUUGGCAACGCUUCCUGUUCGUCGUUUGAAUAGCGCUGCUGAAUCUCCAUCAGGAGUUCUUCAAAGCAGUCGAGAAGAUACAAGGUGCUAGGAACGGAAAAUGGUACCGAAGACUAGACUUGGGAAACGGUCCCCACUGGGCACCCUGGUGUGUGGUUCCUCUGCGGAGGGCCUGACAGAAACGGGACCCCAUGGAUGCCCGGACAGUGGGCUUCACAGAAGCAAGCUUUACCCAGGACAGAAGGUGUAUGUGCACUGCGGCGGCCAAGAAUGUGGAGGUGUGGUCGAACAGCAUAACCACGUGGACAAUGAAGUGUCUAUCUUCCUGCCGCAGCUUAACCAGCAUGUUCAUCGCAAGCUGGAAGAUGUGUGGACGAGCCCCACGUCCAGUUCUACCUCCUCAGUCUCCUCGUCCAUUGAUGUGCCAAGAAGGAGUCCAGAGACAGUGGACAUGGAUGAGAUUAUGGCUGCAAUGGUGCUUACAAGUCUGUCGUGCAGUCCAGUCAUCCAAUACUCGGCUCCAGGGAGCGCAACUCGGGCUUUGUGUGGAAUGGAAAAUGGUGGUGGCGAACUGUCUGAUGGUGGAUAUUGGAGCUGCGACCAUGGAAACGGAAGCCCCGCCCCAUCCCCACCCAUCGCAGAGAUGGACAAGAGCGCCCCUCUCGUUGACGAAGGCCUGGACAUGGAACUAGACCAAAUGUUGUUCAACGAGCCAACGGCAAGGAAACGCAAGAACUCAGUAAAAGUUGCAUAUCGGUGCUUGUGGCCAAAUUGUGGAAAAAUACUGACCACAGUAGUGGGCAUCAAACGUCACAUCCGAAAUUCUCAUCUUGGACAAAGUGAUGAGCACUCCCAAAGGGAAGAAGACUUCUACUACACUGAAGUCUAUCAGGACUUGGAACAGACCACUCCCUCUGGUGGCCACCGGCCUUCCUGCACUUCUCCAUCCAUUCCCACCCGGCUCACGCCCCCACCUCCCUCCACCCCGGACAUGCUCCAGCCCAGCCCGCUCAGCCAGUCCGCCCCGGGCAGCUUCUGGCAGGUCCAUUCUGAGCACUCUUACCAGGUUGUGACACAGAGCAAACCAGUGUCUGUUCCUGUGUCCUGUCAUUGGACUCCAUCUCUCACAGUUCACCAGAGAAAACAGGGCUCACCAUUCCGCCGUCGUUCAGUUAGUGAUGGUGAACAGUGGCUCCAAAAUAACAAUGCCACCUUCAGGCCACAUCCUGCCAGUGUUUCACCUCCAAGAAACCAUUGCACUUCAAGGAGGAUUCGGGGCGAAGCCAAGAAAUGCCGAAAGGUAUACGGCAUUGAACAUCGAGACCAGUGGUGCACCGCCUGCCGCUGGAAAAAGGCCUGUCAGAGAUUCCUCGACUGAAUCCUUUUUUAGAUUCCUGGAAACAGAACACUAACCUUACAGAGACCCGCAAGAGGUCUUACCUGGAACUAUGGUUGGAAGAAACCAAAAGAGCACCUUUGUGACUUUUUCUACUUUUUAUCGCGAUUACGUGUUUUUUGAAAUGUGCUAAGGAACCAUGUUUGUGCUGGAAGAAUGAUAAAGCAAAAAGGACAGCCUCUGCCCCACAAACUCCUGCAGUCUUCCCAUAUCUUAAAUCAAGAACUGAUGAAGUCUGACGUUCUUUUACAAGCAGCAAGCAGCCAUAUACUUUUUGUUUAAUGUGGUGUAAACAUUGUCGUCAUCAGACAUGGAUGGAAAGUUUACUUAUUCCAACUUAAUUGCUAAUAUGAGACAGGAGGUCUUUACCGUGGUCCAUUGCUUUCAGGGGCAUAAUUGGCAGCUUAUGGUUAAUUGUAGAUAAGCAAGAAAGCCGAAUAAAUGUUUUAAUAACAUAUAACGUUUGUUCAUUUAUGCCAUGUUUACCUGCUGAGAUGCAGUUUUUUUUCUUCGAGUUCCAGUGUAAAAUUUUGUAAAACAAACUUUUGAAAAGGAAAAAGGAAGAAAAAAGGAUUUUGUAGUACGAUUUUGAUAUCUGCGAUGUGUUCAAUCUUAUGUCAUGUCAUUAUCAGUGUAUUUCUGUGUCACAGGUUAUACUUCUGUGGAAUGAGAUGAUUCACUUUUCUGUCACAUCAAUAUUAAGGAAUUAUCUGUGUAAACAUGCAUGAUCUGAUACUGUUAUUCGUUUACUUUUGCGCUUUUGCCCCAGUCUGCUCACUGACUGUCCAUC